AUGGUUGCAUCAGCUCCAGCCCCUCACGAAAUAAAAUGGGAGAAUAUGAAUUAUAACCAGCUCGUUACUAGGGGCCGCCGCAUUGCUUUAUUAGCUAUUUUUGUAGUAGUUUUCUUCAUUUUUUUGACCCCUACAGCUUUUGUCCGAUAUAUAAAUGACGCAUUGUCAGGUAUGGAAAUAGAUAAAUACAUAGAAGGAAUUUUUACUACGUAUUUGCCUACUUUAUUAUUGUUAAUUUACCAAGGGGUUAUUUUGUAUCAUUCAAUAAUUUUUAUUGUAAAACAAGAAAAAAGAGUAAAUGUGGCCAUGGAAAUUGUGAGCAGACUGACAAAAUAUUUGAUUUUUAUGGCAAUUUAUGUAUUUUUACUGCAAGCUUUAGGAAUGCAAACAGUGGUUCAGGUUUCUACUGGAGGCUGGGAUGGCUGGAGAACACUUUUCCCUAACAAAAUAGCAGAAACUGGGCUAUUUUUUACUAUUUUUAUGAUCCAUCAAGCUUUAAUCCAAAAUGGACUUGCACUACUGCAGCCUGGGCUUAUUAUAAUUUCUAAAAUAAAAUGAAAACUUGCCAAAACUCCUCAUGAAAAAAUAAAAGCACUGGAUUCCCCUGACUUUGAUUUUGCUUACGAAACAGCUGUCACAUUGAACAGCUUUCUAAUUCUUUUAAGCUAUUCUAUCGCUUAUCCCCUAAUCCUUAUUAUUGGAUUGAUAUAUUUCUUUAUAAGAGUAAUUUUUAUUUAGUUUAUGACUCAGAAAUACCUCAUCCUCUGCACUUUUUAUGUUAAUAAAUCUUCAACUGGCUCAGCUAUCCCUAAAGCCUAUCUAUAUUCAAUUUUGACAUAUAUUUUUAUAUUCCAGCUGUUCACUGGGCUGAUAUUUACAAUUAAUAAAAACUAUCCUAUACAAAUUGUAGGUGGGGUUUUGAUAAUUAUUGCAUUUGUGGUGUACUUGAUUUUUCUGUGAAAAUUGCCAAUAAUAAUGAAGUUUGUGAGAAAGAUUAUUAAAAAAUUCGAAAAAAUUGAAGGGCGUAAGCUUGACAAUUUUGAGCAUGGCGAGGUGCUAUAUAUACAUCCUGUAGAAAAAAAGGAAAAAGAGACUGGAGAAGCAGAUGUAGUUUUGCUAGACACUUUAGCAUCAAAAACACAAAAUAUCAAUACUUCUAAUGAAAAUAAUAGUUAA